GUCCAUAUAAAAACAAAACCCAAUCUUCUCCAUAUUUCUACAACGCGUAUUGCGAAAUUUCCACAACUCUUCUCUUUACCGUUUCGUCUCUGUACUUAUAAAUCAGCUUUGCGAGAAUUGGUGCAGCUUUUUAGGCGUUGACCGUUUUGGUUUAUUUCCGAAUUUGAAUUAUCCGACUAUCAGGGAAAUCCGCAGCCACUAUCCUUUUGGGUGCGCACAGGGUAAAACCCCCGCUCCUAUGCAAUAGCUCGCAAAUCACAUAAGAGAUGUAACCCGUACUAGGCAAGCCCGGUGCGACGAGCUCGACCCAUAAGACAAACCCCUUGCUUUCGCUGGCAGAGUUUCGAACUUGAGACCUCCAAUAUGGAAGUCACAAGCCCAAACCAUUGGGCCACCCCGAAGGGUAUAUUGGUGGUGGUGUUAUGCAUGUGUAAUGAAAGAAAUCUGUUUUUUCGGGAAAAAUUUCUUCGAAUAACUGUCAUAUUGUAAUAUUGAAUUUUUAAGUAAGAUGGACUUAUAUAUCAAGGUAGCAAUACUGGAUAGAAGAUUCUUUUAAAAGAACGAAAAUAAAUAUACCUUUUGAAGAAGGAAUCAAAUUGUUCUUGUUCCAUCAUAUUAAUUAUAUACUAGCAUUCAAAGAUUAAACAAGCGUGUCACUAUUAACUUUGGGCACAGUCUUUCUUUUCUUUUUACUUUCGUAUCGGUGUCCACUACUUGUAUUGAAGUUUGAUUAAUUUAUAUUUGUGUCGUGUAAGACGUAUCUAAGAAUUUAAGAAUUUUUGGAUUUGCGCCGUGAAAAUCCGAUCAGGAAAAGCAUUUUUUUGCUAAUAAUUUUCUUCAUAUUCAAAACUUGAAAUUAUUGCUUGCGCUCUUAACACACUUUCAACUUUAAUCCUCUGAAACAAAUGCCACAUUUUAUAAUUUUUAAAAAAUCAUUCAUUUUCUAAUCAAUUAAUUUACUAAAAAACUGUCACAAUAAUUAGAAAAUGGUUGUGUGUGGGGGGAGGGGGUGGGGGCAGUAGUGUAAAAUGGCCUGUGCUCCUGUUGUGACAUGGUGCAGACUGCGACGACAUUCAGAACCCUACUCAAAUUGGGAUAGGCAAUCACGUAAUUCCUGAUUAAAGUCGGGUUUAUUUGGUCAAUUUACCAAGUGCUCCAGCUAUAAAGAUACCGUACACCACCCAAAACCCUCCUUCUCGAGCCCUCACUAGUCCGUCGUUUUCUUCCUCUCUCUAACUAUUAAUCCUCCCUUUUAGAGAGAGAAAGCAAAAGGCUACUCUUCAACCAUGUUAACCAUGUUGGUUUAUCAGGAUAUCCUCACCGGCCCAAUCUCAAAUCAUCUUAUAUCGUAUUCUACACACGAGCUGAAAGGUUCUCUUUUUUUGCUUCUCCCUCAAUUGACAUGGGAACACGAGAGGUAUACGAAGAAAAAUUGAAGAGAGGGAAUCUGCAUCAUGAUCCAACAAUUAAACCUGGCCUCGGCUCUGCUAGAUGUCCUCGUUGUCUUUCUCUCUUGAACUCCAAUUCAAAAAGUGGAGAAUGGGCGAUUACUCCUGUUCUACAUGAUUUCACGGCUGUGGCUGGCUCUGGAAUUGGUGGACUGCUCAGUGCAAUUCAUGGUUUCAAUACAGGAAUUCCUUUUGUCCAGAGACACGUGAAGGGUCCAAAGUGGCUUCCAUUUGUUAUAGGGCUUCCUCCACUACUCGUGUUCUCUGCAGCUAGCGCAACAUUUGGAGGAUAUGCACUUCCAAGGUUUACUCAACUUACGAUGACUUCAUAUUACACUGCUUCAAGUGCCUCACAUUACGGAAUAUCAUUGCUUACCAGACGUAUUGAGGAGGCCCAUACUUCUGGUGUUCAACCUAAAAGACUCGGCUGAUUGACUUGAGGUUGAAGGAGUGUGGGGUUGAAGAGAGACUUUUAUGGCCCGACUUGCACAACAUGUUUUGGACCAAGUAAUUUUGACGCUAAGGGCAUUAGUGAUUUGAAGUAUUAACGGAGGGAAAAUAUGCUUAAUUUUGCAUAGUAUGAGGGUAUAUUUGGACGAUUUCGGAACAAUAUAUUGUAUCUCGAGGACAAGGUUGCGUUAGCACUACGCAGAAGAUGUGUGAGCUAAUCUUGCUUAGGGCAGGUGAAGAAGGGUAUCCAAUUGAAAUCUAUGCACUUUUUUUCUUUCUAUUUUUCGGUUAGUUGUGUUUGACAUACUUAUAUCUUAUUUAUCAAAGUUAUUUUUAAUGGGUGAUUGACCA